AUGGAUUAUUAUGCUUUGCUAAUGAAUGCUGCUCAAAUUUCUGACGUAAGCAUGGCACUUGUAACCCAGCUUCUCUGUGUCUUCUUGCUGGUCAAUGUUGUCUCCUGUCACUAUCUCUGGUUUGACAUGCCCAGCCCUCAAAAACUAAGUGACGGUGCGGAAAGUCUUUAUGAGGAUGAACCUCUUCAACAAAUGCAAAAACGAUUUCGAGUGAAGUACAUUCGAGAACUUGGACGGCUACCUGAAGAUCACCAUCUACAACCAUUGAGAUUAUGGGCAUCCCCAACGUCGCCACAGGACCAUCUGAUCAACCUUUACAAUAUACUUCGUCGUGUUGUGAAGUGAUUUCUUGAAUCAUUUUAGUCAAAAACAUCCGCUUUAUCUGGGUUUCGCUGUGCCCUGCCCUAACGAUCAGCUCGUUCACGUAAAGCACUUGCACUUAAGAUAAACGUUACUUGUUUCUUAUGCUGAUGUGGUGAUGUUUUUCAUAGGUUCAUGCAUGUAUUCUCGAAUACUGC